CUUAUUCAUCAAUACCAUAACCUUUCCCCCAUAGAAAUUCUCGUCAACCUUCCAAGUUAGCUAAGUAGCAUUUUAUAAUCCAUGGCACAAGUUAGCACCAAACCUCAUGUGGCCCUAUUUGCUAGUCCAGGCAUCGGGCACCUGAUCCCUGUCCUACAGCUGGGCGAGCGGUUUGUGUCUCGCCACAACUUUGUUGUCACUGUCUUCGUGGUGGUGACCGAUGCGGCAACUGCCGAGUCCCAGCUGAAACAGCAGUCCUCGUACAAAAACCUCCUCAAUGUAGUCCUGCUGCCUCCAGUUGACCUCACCAGCCUCACGAAUAAACCAUUGGCCAUCCUAUCGCAACUCGUGCUUAUCGUGCGGCAGUCCCUGCCAGAUCUUAGGUCCGCAAUUGCCUCUAUGAAGAGUCGACCAACCGCUCUCAUCGUUGACCUAUUUGGUACCGAAGCCUUUGCCAUUGCUGAUGAGUUUCACAUGCUGAAGUACGAGUUCUUCACAACUAAUGCAUGGUUUCUCGCACUCACCUUAUACGCUCCACAUGUUGAUAGAGAACAUGAAGACGACCACAUUCUCCGUCACAUGCCACUGCACAUUCCUGGUUGUGCAUCAAUAUUGUACGAAGAUACAGUUGAUGUGUACACAGACCGUAACGACAAAUUGUUGCAUGAUGAUUAUGUGAGGAUCGGACGCCGGUUGGCUGAGGCAGAUGGUAUAUUGAUUAACACGUGGGAGUCAUUGGAGCCAAAGACAUUACAAGCAUUGAGGGAUCCCAAGGCCUUUGGCCGUUUCUCUCAGGUACGUAUCCUUCCAAUUGGUCCAUUGGUCUCUGGAUUCCAGUCAUUUGGUUCGUCCCAACCGAAAGACGACAUACUGCAAUGGCUGGACGAUCAACCCACUGAAUCAGUUCUUUAUGUCUCGUUUGGGAGUGGCGGAACGCUAUCAGCCGAUCAACUGACCGAACUAGCUUGGGGCUUGGAGCAAAGUCAGCACAGAUUCAUUUGGGUGGUUAGGCCUCCACAAGAAAAUAGUGCGUGCGGGGCAUAUUUCGAGCAAGCCAAGAGAGCCGAUGGUACCCCAGAGUACUUGCCAGACGGGUUUGUGACGAGGACCCAAAAGUUGGGAUUAGUAGUACCCAUGUGGGCCCCACAGAGGGAGAUCCUCGCGCAUCCGUCGAUCGGAGGGUUCUUAUCGCACUGUGGAUGGAACUCAACCCUAGAGAGCCUCAUCAACGGCGUGCCGCUGAUAGCCUGGCCCUUGUACGCCGAGCAAACCAUGAAUGCAACCAUGUUGACCGAUCAACUAGGCAUAGCUGCUAGAUCGAGAGAGUUGAUGCCAAAUGGGGUCCUCGGGAGGCAUGAGAUAGAGAAGAUGGUGAGGACUGUGAUGAACAAGGAGGAUGCAAAAGGCGAAACCAUUAGGGCACGAUCUCAGGACCUAAAGCGCACUGCAUUGUUGGCCGUUGCCGAGGGCGGCUCGUCCUACGCGGCGCUUUCACAAGUGGCCCAAGAAUGCAAAAUCGGCUUGGUGGGACUAAAGCAAAGAGCUCGAGGAGCUUAACUAAUGGUUUUUUUUUUUUUGGUUGUGUAGUAUAUUGUCUUAGCAGUCAUCUCCUGUAUUUCUUUCACAAAUUCAUGUACAAUUUCUAUUACUCGCCCUCACGUGUCAAUUAAACGCAUGAGCUUAAAUUACUCUAAAAAGUUACAUGUACUAUUUACACUAA